AUGUUCUCCUUACUCUGUCAACUUGCUUCGGUUUUUGUUGGUGCUGUUGUACCGGCAUUCUACUCAUACAAAACUAUUAAACGACCUAGUCAGAAAAACCUGUCUUACUGGUCAAAGUACUGGACUGUGUUCGGAUCAUUUCUUGUGGUUGAUGUGGUUCUGAGCACACUAUUUAUCCACUAUUUCAUUCCUUUCUACGAACUCGGGAAGUUGGUGUUUCUCAUCUGGGCGGUUAAUCCACAGACCGCUGGAGCUAUUGCUAGUUUAGUCACUGUGCUUCCCUGGAGUCCCGUUGUCAGCCUUGCCAAAGUCUGCCCCAGGUCGUCACCACCAGAGGCAGUAACAGCCCUUGUGGGAUCAGAAGGAGAUUUGCAAGCAUGUGAAUCUGAUACCAGGAUGGUGGUGGAUCCCGGUAUUGGUUUACUGUCAGCUGGACUCUUUGAUGGAAACGCCGGAAUCCAUCUCAGCUUGGGAGACCCUUCCAGUGGAUGA